AUGAAGACCAUUCCCCGCGGCCCACAGCCACCCUUGAGCAUAUAUAAUUCGAUGGUGGAUGGCCUCAGAAGCGUCAGGGGUAACAGCUCUCGGGAGAAUGGCGCCUCUGCGACUUUUCAAGCAAAUACCAAUGCUUACGUACAACCCCUUUUGGGCCAAGGGGUUAUUGCAUAUUUAGAUGAUAUUCUUUUCUAUACCCCUGAUGUACCUACUCAUGUCGAUCUUCUUAGGAAAGUGUUGGACAUCCUACUUGAGCAGCAGUUCUACCCCAAGUUUAGCAAGUGCAAAUUUGCUAAGCAAGAGCUCACGUAUUUGGAGUAUACAUUCAGUGCGGAAGGGAUUAAACCUGCCACGGAUAAACUUUCGGCCAUUAGGGUCCCAGAUACUUCUAAGCCUUUCGAAUUGUAUACUGAUGCCUCGGGUUUGGAAACGCCAAAGGAUUGUUUGGGCUACAGACGUUCGUCUCCCGGAGCGGCCCAGGGGACCUGGGAGGCGGACGCCUUCCAGUGCAACUACCCGACACUACUUGUGGCUCCAAUUCCGCCGGCUUUCGAACAGCUGCUGCUGCAACCACAACAGAACGACCAGCAGCCGCAGUACGAGCUGCAGCAGGUAAGCAGAGAGGAGCGACAUCGGGGAUGCGACAACCAGCAGCAGCAGCACAACAGCCCCCCACACCGGCGGCAAGACGGUCAUUACCAGCGGCACGACGACCAACGCCUGGCGCAGCACGACGACCAACGCCUGGCGCAGCACAACGACCAGUGUUACCAGCAGGGAGGCCAUCAACAGUAG